GUCAUCAACACUCUAUAAAUACUCCAGUCGGUUACCACCACCGAUUCAAUAAAAUCUACGGCAAUGGAGACUCCAAGUGGCACCAUCAUCUUCACCACCGUUGGUCGAACUCACUACGGCUUCGACGUCUUCUCUCUCCACAUCAACUCCGCCGUUGAGCGCCGUUUAACAGACGGCGUUUCCGUUAACUUCAACGCUCAGUUCGCCAACGAUAACGGCGAUGUGGUCUUCGUCUCGGAACGAGCCGGGUCUGCCCGGAUUUUUAGAACCCGACCCGGAGAUUCAAAGCCCGAGCAGCUCCCCGGAGCUCCGCAAAGCUUCUUCCACGACCGUCCAGUCAUUACUCAAAACAACAGACUUUAUUUCAUCUCCGCUCACGAGCAGCCUGAUCGUCAUUUCAAGAAUUGGUCCGCGCUUUACUCCGUGAAGCUCGACGGCGAAGAGAGAGAAGUAACACGUGUCACUCCACUAGACACCGCCGAUUUUAGCCCGGCGGUUUCUCAAUCGGGAGAGCUUUUGACCGUCGCGUCGUACGGAUCUCGCUCUUGGGGCGGUGAGUUUCACGAGAUCAACACUGAUAUCGUCGUUUUCAAAGCAUCUGAGCCGGAGACGAGAGUGGUGAUUUGCGAACACGGCGGAUGGCCGACUUGGUCCGGCGAUUCCACCGUUUUCUUUCACCACAAAGCAGAUGAUGGUUGGUGGAGCAUUUUCCGGUUAGAUAUACCAGAAAAUUUUGAGGUGAAUUCCGGUUUUCCGAUCGAACCGAUCAGAGUCACUCCUCCUGGUCUCCAUUGCUUCACUCCUGCAGCUUUCCACGACGGGAAACGAAUCGCCGUCGCAACUCGUCGUCGCGGAGUCAAACACCGCCACAUCGAGAUUUUCGACAUUGAACGCAAAACGUUUCAGGCGGUUACCGAGCCACUCAAUCCGAGUUUCCACCAUUACAGCCCCUUCGUGUCUUCUGAUUCCGAGUUCCUCGGCUACCACCGAUUCCGAGGCGAGUCGACUCAGGGCGAGUCCACCGUUCCGAACCUGGAAUCGAUCGUGUCACCGAUCAAAACCCUCCGCUUGCUCAGAUUAAACGGAUCGUUUCCAUCAUCAUCUCCUGACGGUGAUCUGAUCGCGUUGAAUUCCGAUUUCGACGUCAACGGUGGCAUCAAAGUCGCCAAAUCUGACGGCUCUAAACGAUGGACGUCGAAUUGGGGUUCAACUAAUUCGCGUCCUCGUUUUCAGUCGCAGACAGCGUCUGAUGCAACGACUUCCUCACAGCUUGAGACCGCGUCUUCUCGCGGAAACUUCACCAAAUCUGCUGUUCCUCCUGAUUCGAUCGCAGCGUCACGUCCUCAGCAAACUGGUGCUUUACGUUGUUUCACUUGUGGGGAACAGGGUCACCGCCAGACCGCCUGCCCUAAUCAAACUCGCCGCGGUUUAGUUACUCUUGAGCACGACCAGUCCGAUGAACCUCGUUAUGAUGAAUAUCAUUCUGAUCAAGAUCAAGACGGUGACGUUAUUUCAUGUGACACUGGACAUGCCUCGCAAACUCUCGUGCUUCGCCGUAAUUGUUUUGCUCCUCGCGUCGUAACAGAAUCUUGGCUACGUACUACCUUAUAUCGAUCAACCUGCACCAUUAAUGGGAAGAUUUGUAAGCUCAUUAUCGAUUAUGGUAGUUGUACAAACGCAAUUUCUGAAGACGCUGUAAGAAAAUUGGGGAUCCAAACAUUAGCACAUCCUGCUCCAUAUCAACUCGCGUGGCUUAAUACGGGUUCGGAAAUUUUGGUUUCGCAACAGGAACUUGUUCCUUUUUCCAUCGGUCUAUACAAAGAUUCUGUGAGCUGUGAUAUUGUCCCCAUGGAUGCCUGUCACCUCCUUUUGGGUCGUCCGUGGGAAUACGACCGAGAUGUGGUGCACCGUGGCAAGAGUAACACCUAUACUUUUGCUUUUAACGACCGUACAAUUACGUUGGUACCUACUCGCGAGCUUCCGGAGUCUGUUGUUCCUUCUUCACAGCAACCACAGAAGACACCUCACAUUCUUCUAAAUCCUUGUUGAUUUUACCGAAAGCUGCUUUUGAAGAAGCACU